ACGAUGUCAAUGGGUUAUAUAAAGUAAACAAUAUGAAGGAUAUAAGUUCAAUUUGUUGUUGGAUGGCAUCGCAUGUGUUAUUACUGCUCUUAGUUGUCGGUACCGCGACAUCAUCCGACGAAUCCCUGUUCCCGCGGUUCGUAGAGCCAGUGACCAACGUGACGGUGACGGUGGGCCGCGACGCUCUGCUCGCGUGCGUUGUCGAAGACUUACGGGGCUAUAAGGUGGCAUGGGUCCGUGUUGACACGCAGACGAUCCUGAGCAUUCACCAUAACAUCAUAACGCAGAACCCGCGCAUCAGCCUAUCAUACAACGACCACCGCUCGUGGUACCUGCACAUCAAGAGCGUGCAGGAGGUGGACCGCGGGUGGUACAUGUGCCAGGUCAACACCGACCCCAUGCGCUCCAGGAAAGGAUACCUGCAGGUCGUCGUUCCUCCUGUGAUAAUCGACAAUAUGACAUCGACGGAUAUGGUGGUGCGCGAGGGAACGAACGUAACCAUGGUGUGCCGUGCCACGGGCUACCCCGAGCCCUACGUCAUGUGGCGUCGCGAAGAUGGCCAGGAGUUCAACUGCAACAGCGAAUCAGUGAACGUGGUGGACGGAGAGAACCUGACACUAUCGAAGGUGUCACGACUGCACAUGGGCGCGUACCUUUGCAUUGCGAGCAACGGCGUUCCACCUUCCAUUAGCAAGCGUGUCAUGCUCAUGGUGCAAUUCCCACCGAUGCUAUCGAUUCCGAACCAGCUGGAAGCCGCCUACGUAGGCCAAGACGUGGUGCUGGAGUGCCACACCGAAGCCUACCCCUCCUCCAUAAACUACUGGACCACUGAUCGUGGAGACAUGAUUAUAUCAGGAGUCAAAUACAUCACGAAUUUAAUUGACGAAGGAUACAGCAGGAAAAUGAAGCUAACGAUACGAAAAGUAUCAUCCAGGGACUUCUCAUCAUACCGCUGUGUAGCUAAAAACUCGCUCGGCGAAACUGAUGGACUAAUCCGUCUCGAUGAAAUAACCGCUCCACCCACGACGAGCACAGCUGUUAACUACGUUCCUACAUCUUCGGAUAAGAAAAAAGGUAAAAAUAAAAGUCGCUGGCGAGAUGGCUCUGCCGAAAACAGGGUCAUAGGAGAUUACGAGGUUGAAGAGUGGAAAGAUUCAGGAGGUUCUGAUUACGAGUCCACACAAUCAUCGAAUUCGUCACGGCGCCGUUGCGGAGUCGUCGCAGUCAUGGCAGCGCUGCUAGUGACCAGCUGACACGCGCUCACUUCCGCGACAUCGUGCCAAUACCAGACGUUGUGCUAAAUGAGAUACGAUAUCUUGGAUAAGUCUAUUUGCUAAGUAUUUGUAUAUUAUAAUACCUAUUACUUGUUAUGUUAUUCGCAAAAUCACUUCAUUGAGAGGUGUAGCCGGUGUAAUCAUAAAAUUGCUCAUAGAAAUUAGGGGACACGCCGUUUUGCUUGUCCCACAUUUUUGGUUUCGCACAUUUUUUUUAAACCUGAAUAUUGACUUUAGUUUUAGAAAAAGUAUCGUAUGAAUGCAACGGCGUGCCGUUACCCAACAAUUUGAACAACUAGAAUAGGUACCUAACUACUUAGGUCUUAAAAUUUCAGUUGUGUUUUUACAAAAGUAAUGCCUAGAUUAGUAACUUCGUCUGUUGAAUUUUAAAAACUCUUACUCCUUGUAGCUACUAUAUUAAACAAUUUUUAAUACAUACUGCGCAAAUUAAAUCCAUGUAGCAGUCCGCUGCAAUCGUCAGCUUUAUAAGUAGUAGUCGCAACUGAAACUGUUUACCUACACUUGUUUUUAUUAAAAUGACUUAUUUAUUAUAAUUUUAAAACGAAAUGUAAUUUAAUUUUACAAAAUCAUAGGAAAUCUCCAUUAUAGAAUUUAGAAUAAUGGUUACAACAUGAACAUCGAAUCCUAAAAAAAAGCUUUGUUUUAGAUUAUAUACUUUACAUGAAUAUGUACGUUAAUAUUUUUAUGAAAAUGUAGCUAGUGAUGUCAUUAGUGUAAAUAUAUUUUUAUUGUAAUGAUAUUUCCCGAUAAAACAAAGACUGAUAGAUCUAUAUGAUAAAUGUGCCAUAUCUAAUAAAUGAAUAGCAUCGCUAAUGUUAGUUACUAUAUAGAUCUGAUAAUUCGUGGUGUAGGUAGUUAUACUAGACAUUCGUUUUCUGCUUAUGAAGCCUCAUUUAAAAAUUGUUAACAUGUAUUUAUUUGUUUAACUUUAUUUUAUUGCUUUAUUAUACAUGUAUUUUAGAACUUCCCAGAUAUACUGACAACAUCGUAGGCGGUUUCAGAGAUCAAAUAUACAAGUUACUAUGAAAAAUAUCCAAAUCACUCUAAAGAAGUUCCCUCAAUUUCUUCAGGAACCCAUCACAUCAGAUCUUAACAUAACGUCAAUGGAUCCAACUAUAUAUGAACAAAAAUAAAAUGUUCUGAAUUGGUCAUCAUGUUUGAGAAAUCAGGGAGCAAAAAAGAUCCCAUCGAGUUGAGGAAAUCCUUCAUUGGAGCCGGUCAAAAUGUUUAUAGUAGAUACAAUGCCAAAAAUAGAGCUGUGAAAAAUGUGGCCUUUUGCGGGAACUUUUAGAGCUUGCAUCGAAAAAGUAAUUCUAUACGAGUUCAGUGAUGGAGAUGCAAUUUCGAAAUCGAAGUACUCCGCUAAAGGCAAUAAUUUAAAACGCUUCUCAACAAAACCCAGACCCAACCAGGGUGAUAGAGCCUUAAGUGAUGAUCAUAAGGACCUCCGCGAGGAUAGUUUUUAUCAUCCGCACGCAUAUCAUUAAGUACAUAUUUUAUUAUUUUAUUAACCAAUUGCACCAUUCACUAACCCGGGGUUAACCGGUUAAACGUGGAGUUACCAUGGCUACCAGUACAAUUUGACACUGGGUUAAGGGUCUCCGGCAAGCUCGGUUGUCCAUACAAACCGCUCUUAUUUUACGAUUUUUCUCAAACGACUAGCUAGAUUGCUCUGAAACUUUGUACUUACAAUAGGAUAAGGUAUAUCUAUGUCUGUAAUUAGUUUAUGUAGCUUCAGAUACCAUAGUUAAAAAAAUACAGAAAAUUUAGUUUUCAUACAAAACUUGAAUUUGCUCUAUUACGUUUGUUUUAUAAACUGGAGCUAUAAACUAAUUUCAGACCUAGAUAUACCUCAUGUCAUUGUAUGUGCAAAGUUUCUUUACAAUCCAACACGUAAUUUUAAAAUGAGAGCGGAACUACGUUGGUAUGGGAAGGUGCAAUUCGGCCGAGCUUGGCGGGGACUUAACGGUUUGACUGGUUGACCCCGGGUUGGUGGUAUGGUGCAAGUGGCGCUAAAUGUACUUACCUAUAAUUAUAGAUUAUUAUUGUAAAUAUUACAUAGACGCUGUGCUAUAUUAUGUUACGACAUUAUCACUAAAUAUAUGUAUGUAUUUACGAGCUUGCUAAUCGAAAUCAAUCCUUUUGGUCUAAGAUACGAUAUAAGGAAUAUCUACCCUCAUCUGUUAUUUAUUUGUGAUAAGAAAUAAAUGAUAGAUAAUAUUACAUUGACACAUUGCAAAUAGGUUGCCCAGUAAAAUUGCGUACAGAC